AAUUAUUAGCAGUGAUAACGAAAAUAAUUACUUAGAAGGGAGAGAAAUUUGUAUAAUGGUAGUAGUGCAUGUGUAUCAUCCAGACUAAUAAUCCUCUUACUACUUACUCAGUUCGAUACUGGACACCAUGAAGAAAACAACUCGCGGUAUGGACAUCAUUAUCGUUGGAGGCGGUUUGGUCGGAGGAUUAGCUGCUUGUGCUCUUGCUAAACGUGGUCAUCGUGUUCGUGUUUAUGAGUAUCGAUCUGAUAUAAGAAUAGAAGAAGCGCGCGGUCAAAGCAUUGACCUUUCUCUGUCAUAUCGCGGUCGUCAAGCGCUAAAACUUAUUGAUCUUGAAGACAAAAUUGUCAAUCAUCAUGGUAUUUCUAUGCGAGGUAGAAUGCUUCAUGGUAAAGAUGGCAGUCUUAAAGAAAUGAUUUAUGACAGCGUUAAAAAAAAUACACUUUACUCUGUCAGCCGAUUGUAUAUGAAUCAAGUUCUUCUUGAUGCUGCUGAUGAAUAUCCAGCGGUAACUUUGUUUUUCAACCAUAAACUUUUGGAAGCUGAUUUAGACAAUGGAAAAUUGAAAUUUUCAAAGACAAAUACGCAAGAAGUAAUAGAAGUAGAAGCUGACUUAAUAAUUGGAGCAGACGGCGCUCAUUCAACAGUUAGAAAAAUGAUGUUGAAAAGACCUGGUUUUGAUUUUUCACAAAUUUAUAUUGAACAUGGCUAUGUUGAGCUCAAUAUUCCGCCUCGAAUGAUUGAUGAGAAAAAUCCAGAACGUGGGCAUGAGUUUUGCAUGAGCUCUAACCAUUUACACAUCUGGCCACGAGGUACAUUUAUGAUGAUAGCUAUGCCGAAUGAUGAUCACUCAUUUACCGGAAAUAUUUUUGCUCCACUGGAUAUUCUUAAUGGUCUGGAUACUCCAAAAAAAGUUGUAGACUUUUUUACCGAGCAAUUUUCUGAUGUAGUUCCGCUUAUUGGUAGCCACCAAACUCUAGUUGAUAACUUUUUUAUGGUCAAACCGAAAUCACUUAUAUCAAUUAAAUGUAAUCCGUAUCAUAUGGGAAAAAGCAUUAUUUUGGGUGAUGCUGCACAUGCUAUGGUACCUUUUUAUGCCCAAGGAAUGAAUGCAGCAUUUGAAGAUGUUGUAAUACUCAAUGAGUUAAUGGAUCUUUAUAAUGAAGAUAUGUCAAAAGUAUUACCGGCUUUCUCAAAAAAACGAUGCGCUGAUGCCCACGCCAUUUGUGAUCUUGCUAUGUAUAAUUACAUUGAAAUGCGAGAACUCGUCUUGAAAAAAUCAUUUCUAAUGCGUCGUACAGUUGAUACAUUUCUUCAUUGGAUGUGUCCAGACAAUUGGCUGCCACUCUAUAAUUCUAUUCACUUCAGCCGGAUGGGAUUCCGCGAUUGUGUUAAAAAUCGUGCUUGGCAGGAUAAAAUUCUCCAAAGAUGCAUGUGGUUUUUAUUUACGGUUAUAGCGCUCGGUAUACUUUUUACUUCAUUAAAUACAGCCUAUUGGCAUCGAGCCUAAUUUUUAAUAAUAAUUUAAUAAUCAUUCAUCGCUUUAUAAUAAUCUUUUCAUUAUUAAUUAUGAAACCACUAGCACUCCAAACAAGUAAUCAAUAAUAUCAAAUUUGAUAUAGUAUAGAUUCUAGGUCAAUAAUAAGAAAAUAUAUCGAUGUUCUAAUCAACAAAUUGUUUAGCUCCAUAUUUUUUAGUAGGUGAUUCUUUGACAUUUUUCUAUAAUAAUAUUCCGAAUAAAUAUUAGUUGGAUAAUCUGA